AUGAGAACGACCGUAUUUUUAUUUCUUGUUUGUAUCACCAUUGGCCUUUGCCUUUGGUUUAUACCAAUUGGUACUGAAGCACAUCCACUUUCACGUAAUGGUUUUUUCCGAUGUCCACCAACAUGUCACGUUUAUUGUCCAUGUGGAAAUAUUCUUGAUACAAAUAAUUGUCCAAUGUGUCGUUGUCGACCAUCGAAUACUUGUACAGGAAGACAUCCAAAUGCAUUUGGACGACCACAAAAUUCAAAAACAAAGAUUUUGUAUUGA